AUGACUUUUAUUCCUGAUUUAAUUCAAAACUUAUCUGGCAACCCAUAUUUUGGAGCUGGGUUCGGCCUUUUUGGAGUUGGAGUUACAGCAGCUGUAGCUCGAAAAAUGUUAUUAGGACUUACUAUCAUGUUAAGAAGACGUUGGAUGAUGACCUUAGAAGUGCCUUGCAGAGAUAAAAGCUACCAAUGGCUUCUUCAGUGGAUAACAGAAAAGGCAGCGAGACAGACCCAACAUUUGAGUGUUGAAACUACUUUUGAGCAAAAGCAUACUGGUUCUGUAAAAACUAAAUAUGACUUUAUUCCUUCAAUAGGCACUCAUUUUUUUAGAUACAAUGGCAAUUGGAUAAAGGUUGAUAGAACUCGAGAGCAACAAACCCUUGAUUUACAUAUGGGGAUUCCAUGGGAAACAGUUACAUUGACUACCCUUGGAAGAAAUAAAGCUUUAUAUUAUAAUAUAUUAGAGGAAGCCAGGCAAAUGGCUUUAAGAAAGCAAGAAAAUAGAACUGUAAUGUAUACUGCAAUGGGUUCUGAAUGGAGACCAUUUGGACAUCCGAGAAAAAAAAGGCCUUUGAAUUCUGUAGUGUUGGAUGUAGGUGUCAAAGAAAGAAUACUUCAAGAUUGUUUAGAAUUUAUUAAUAACCCUUUGUGGUAUACUGACCGAGGAAUACCAUACAGACGUGGCUAUCUACUUUAUGGUCCUCCCGGAUGUGGUAAAAGCUCAUUUAUAUCAGCCCUUGCUGGAGAAUUACAAUUUGGGAUAUGUGUUUUAAAUUUAUCGGAACGUGGUUUAUCUGAUGAUAGAUUAAAUCAUUUAUUGGCUGUUGCUCCUCAAAACACUAUUUUACUUUUAGAAGAUAUUGAUUCAGCUUUUCUUUCAAGGGAAAAUUUUGUGGAAGGUAAAAAUCCUUAUGAAGGUCUUAGUCGAGUAACUUUUAGUGGAUUAUUAAAUUGUUUAGACGGCGUUGCUUCAGCUGAGGCCAGAGUACUUUUUAUGACUACAAAUUACAUAGAAAGGCUGGAUCCAGCGUUAAUCAGACCUGGAAGAGUAGAUGUUAAAGAAUUUGUAGGAUAUUGUUCACCUUAUCAAGUAGAACAAAUGUUUUUAAGAUUUUAUCCUCAAUUUGCUGACGAUUCAAAAGAAUUUACAAAAAAAGUUAUGAGUCACAAUAAAAAAUUAAGUGCUGCUCAAUUGCAAGGAUAUUUCAUGUUUUACAAAUCAUCCGGUGAUAAAGUUCUUAAUGAAGUUGAUAAUAUUUGGCACCUUAACUAA